AUUCACAAUCGCUGUGGCGGCUGGUUUGACUUCAAUUUUGCGAGUGGAAGCUAUCCUGACCGUAGUAGUCGUAUACCGAAGUAGUCUUUGCUCCAUGUGGAUUCGAGUCCGCUUCAAGACCGUGUCAAAUGGGGGACUUUGAGGCGCGAGCCACAUCCAUUUUGGAGGAUAUGGCGAACAAAGCUGUGAUGGAAAUGUGCAAAGUUGUCUUUUCCUCCGACAUGACUCAAGAAGUAUUUUGGAGCGAGGAAGACCACGUUCUCGUUUCAACUCAGGACAAGGUGAUCCAUCUAGCCAACACCUUCAUGACAUUGCUGGCUCAAGAGGCGGUCAACAACAUCUGCCAACUUUUCCAUGAAUGUACUGCGCUGCUGCAGGUGCAGGUGACGCAGGGGGAGGCGCAGCUGGAGGACCUGAGGACGAGGCUGGAGGUGGCGCAAACAUCCCUGAGUAUGGUGUUGCAAAGCGCUUAUGCCGUGGUAGUGGAACAGCAGGUGCAAGAGCACGUCGGAGGAGUGGGCGCAUCGGAAGUGGAACCGCAGAGCUCAGCUAUGUCUGGUGAGGUUGAAAAGACGCCCAUCAUUGACCUAACUUCCAAGGACAACAUGCUUGCAGCACCGACACAGGACAGCAUUGUUAACGAGACGUUGUGUGAUUCCAGCCAGCAGGAAAAUAACACAGACCCUGAUGACCAUAAUGACCAGGUCCUGACUACUGACUGUUCUUUCUCUGGGCUGAAGCCAGAAGAUGAUGACAUCGAUGCCAGCCACAUGGACCAAGCUGAAAUCAGAGUCCCAGCUGACAAGCAGCUCAGAGUGCACCAGGCAGCGCACAACCCGCACAAGAACUUUGUGUGCUCACUGUGCGGAAGCAGCUUCCCCCUCAAACGCAGCCUCAACACACACAUGCGGAAGCACACGGGUCAACAGACGGGCAAACAUUCUCACACCUGCGACAAGUGUGGUAAGGGCUUCACGCUCAAGCAGAUCCUGCUGAGCCACCAACGAAGUCACAACGAGGAGCGACCCUUCAAGUGCACGCUGUGCGCCAAGAGCUUCUACCGAGCAAAUGGCCUGAAAAUGCACAAGCGCUUGCACGUCUCCCGCCGCGCGCGUACAGGCGAGCACCGCUGCCGCAUCUGCGACAAGAUCUUCAGUCUCCAAUGCAACCUGCAGCGCCACCUGCGCAUCCACACGGGCGAGAAGCCUUUCUGCUGCGAAAUCUGCGGGAAGAGCUUCAACCAGGGCGACUCCCUCAAGAUUCACCAGAGGAUCCACACGGGGGAGCGGCCAUUCAAAUGUGACACCUGCGGGAAGACCUUCAUCCAGAAGUCAGCCUUAAAGUUGCACACCAACGCCGCCUCCCUGGCGUGCGUGGUGUGCGGCGCGACGGCGGCCUGUGCAGACGGAAUGCGCAACCACCUACAAACGCACGCCGACGCCAUGCCGUGCAUCUGCAUCUUGUGCGGAGACCCACUGGCCACGGUGCCCGUUUUGUGUUCACACCAGCACCACCACAACACGGCCGCCCGUGCGCACGGCUGCCCCUUCUGCAACAAGAGAUUCAAGUCAGCCAGCUACCUGAAGAUACACAUUAAGUUGCACAGCGGAGUCAAGCCCUUCUCUUGCGACAUCUGCCACCGUAGCUUUGCCCUGCACUGCAGGCUCAAGUUGCACCAGGAAGUGCACGUUGGUGACAAACAGUUCUGCUGCGACAUUUGCGGCAAGUUUUUCAGCAAUUUGAGCAUGCUGACCCGCCACCAGCGCAUCCACACAGUUGAGAAGGGAGAAUACACGGGUGAGAAGUCAUAUGCCUGCGACCUGUGUGACAAACGCUUCAAUCAUGGCCCCAACCUGAUUCGGCAUCGCCGCAUCCACACGGGCGAGAAGCCGUAUAUCUGUGACGUGUGCGGCCGCCGCUUCAGCCAGAGCAACAGUCUCAAAGCCCACCAGCUGGUCCACACCGGCCAGAAGUUCAUGUGUGACCGCUGCGGCAAAACCUACAGCGACAAGAGGAACCUCAAGAACCACAAGUGUUUCUAAUGCUCUCUACUUGAAUAGUUUACCUUUAACUCACUGGGUAAAUGGCAGUUUGCACAGGAGGAAGUCCUUGUUUGGUUACUUUCUGAAGCUAAAAUACUGAAAUACUGCACAAGCUUUGUAAUGCCGCCUGGCAUGACUGAAGUCCACAAAGUUGAGACCUAAUUCUGAUGAUUUAUUGAAUCAACAUGUGUGAAAAAUUCUACAAUACGUACUCCUUCAAUUUUCAAUGUUUCACCUCCUGGUCAUUUCAAAGACGCACCUUGAACUAUAGAUGGCAGUAAUGUGCAAAAUAUCAAUGCAGUUGUGUUACACUAGUGUUACUCACCCCUUAUCGAGCCCAUUUUACAUUCGAAAAAUCUCAUGGCACAUCACCAAACCACAAAA